GUACUCUUCUGGACUAUGGGCGAGAGCUUACUGGGACCCUCCCAGAUAGGACGUGCAUUGCAAGUUUGCCACAGCACCUUCGCAAAGAGUGGAGAGUGGUUCUUGCUGUCCAUGUGGGGGGCGGAGGAUGCGCCGGUCUCCUACCAUGGCGGCGCCCAUGGCUUUGACACAAAUGGUGCCCACCACGCUCAUCUGUUGUGCGUGCGUGGGAAGGAGGGGGAGCCGCAGGGCCUGCUAAUCGAAGGUGUGAAUGCUCUGCACUCUGCAGCCUGA